CCGCCCGGUUUGGGAAGAUUCCCAGGCGUCUUCCCCGUCCCUUGGGGAAGAGCUGAGGACCGGGAGGUGCAUCCAAGGGCCGAAAAGCGCUUUGAGAUUGAGCCCGAGUUCAAGGACCAAGUCUCCCCUCAAAUCAUUUUACAGAUGGGAAAACUCGAGACCCAGAGAAGGGAAACACUCGACCAAGUCACCUCAAGCCAAGAGCGGAAGGCCGAAACAGUUUUCUCCGCGAAGAUGGGAGUGCGUGUCCGCACAGUCCAUGCGGGAGCUGUGGCCGAACACUAACAGUGGCUGACCAGGGAAUCGAGACUGCGUGGAAGGCUGGAUUCUUCCUUGCCUCAGUUUCCCCAGCACUACGUCUAGUAGGGGUCCGGGGACGAGGCAACUGGCUAAACGGGCCCCUGCCAGGACUCUCCCCGCACUCCCCAAGUCUGAUCGAAGUUCCUUUAGCAAGCUACCUCCCAGCCCUUUAAAAUACGGUCCUCCCGUUCGAGCCUCUCGGCGUUCUAUUGGAAAGACUCCAGGAUCCUAGUCCAUUCUCUAGAAUGAACUGCUCAGACUACCGCGGGAGCUUUCUUGGAACUGUUAACUGCGCAGGCGCAAAAAGCAACCCACCCAGAAGGCGGAAGCAGAGCCUCCCAACAACGCCGGGGGGUCGGGGGCGGAGAGUGUGCUUAACCAAUGACCUGAAGGAGCAGGGAGGGCGGGAUUAGGCCCGCAGUUGCUAAGCGCUACCAUAGUGGGAGGUGAUUUAAGAAAUGGGGUGAAGGGUGGUUCAAUGGCCCUUCACGUCAUCAUCCUUCUGGCCCUCGGAAGUUAAGCCACGAGGAGGCGGGCCUAGGACCGGAAGCAGGAAGGAGGGCGCAGGAAGCAGGGUGCUACAGCUCGUCGUACUGUCGGUCCGUGAGUCUGUCGGUCCCGAGGGCAGGAUGGAGAAACUGCGGCUUCUGAGCCUCCGCUACCAGGAGUACGUGACUCGUCACCCGGCCGCCACGGCCCAGCUGGAGACGGCAGUGCGGGGCCUCAGUUACCUGCUGGCAGGUCGCUUCGCCGAUUCGCACGAACUGUCAGAGCUGGUGUACUCUGCCUCUAACCUGCUUGUGCUGCUCAAUGAUGGGAUCCUGCGGAAGGAGCUUCGGAAAAAGUUACCUGUGUCGCUGUCCCAGCAGAAGCUGCUGACAUGGCUGAGCGUGCUCGAGUGCGUGGAGGUGUUCAUGGAGAUGGGGGCCGCCAAGGUGUGGGGUGAAGUGGGCCGUUGGCUUGUCAUCGCUCUCAUCCAGCUGGCCAAGGCUGUCCUGCGGAUGUUCCUGCUGAUCUGGUUCAAGGCUGGCCUCCAGACCUCACCCCCCAUCGUUCCGCUGGACAGGGAGACCCAGGCACAGCCCCCGGAUGGUGACCAGAGCGCUGGUGGCCAGGAGCAGUCAUACGUGGGGAAGCGGUCGAACCGAGUGGUACGAACCCUCCAGAACAGGCGAGGAUCCUCUUCCUGCUCCAGCUGCUGGCGGACCACGUCCCGGGCAUUGGCCUGGUCGCAAGGCCACUCAUGGAUUACUUGCCCACCUGGCAGAAAAUUUAUUUCUACAGCUGGGGCUGACCCAUCCUGGAGAGGGUGCACGGAGGGGCAGGGGGUGCCCCGGCCGUCAAGUCCCCUGGGGCCUCUUUGCCCUAAUAAAACUGACUCUGGCAGCGUCCCAGCACGUGGCCUCUCCGUGCCCGCCACCCAGGGCUCCCAGCUCUCCCCCCUGGCCCACCGGGCACCCCCCCACCCCGGACAUCCUCUCGACUUUUCACCCUCUGGCGAUGGAGCCACUGUGGCCCGCACGUUGUCCCUGGGCUGAGAAGCCUCCUGUCGGGACGGGGACCUGGGCUCCUCUGGCCUCAGAAAGCUGGGGUCUAGUGUCCUUGAGCGUGGGAAGCGGCUUGCUGUGGCAGCCGCGGAGGUGAACUCAGCUCCUCUCUCACUGGUCCCUGGUGACAACAGACAAGGUCCAAUGGGGCAGGGGGUGACCGCUGCCCAUGUGGCCUCUGGCCAGAGGCUCUGUCUGCCCCUUCCCUGCAGGGCCCUGUCCUCUAGCCUGCCAGCCUGUGAUGGAGCCUGGUGAAUGGUGGGCCCGGCUUGGUGCAGUGACACCUCAAGCCCCGAGCCCCUGUUUCACAGCUGGAGGUGUUCUCCCACAGGCAAAGAAGGUGAGGCACCAGCCAGCCCUGGGGCCGGUGCUGGGGGCGGGCGUUGGAGGGGCUGGGAGCCCGAGGGGGUGCAGGUUCAGGGGGGAGGAGCUGGGGGUCUCUGCACACACCCCCUGCCCGCUCCCUGGUGGCCAAGUCUCCUGGGGCCGUGCACAGGCUACGGCAGGGGGGUGGGGGGGCACAAGCACCCAGACGGGGCAACUGCAGCCUGGCCUUUCUGCCUGGCCCGUCCCCUUCCUCAGCCUCCGCCCCUGUCCCCUUUGCCCUGUGAAUAGACCUAACUCUCCUGCUGGAGUUUCUAGCAGGGUGAGCCGCCUUCCAAAUUCUGAGGGCUCCAUCCGCACCACUUCUGCCCUGCCUCACUUCCUCUGACACCUGGGGGGAGCCACGGGAGGAGGGGCCAGCCUUCCUCUGCUACCCUCCAUGCCCCGCAAGUGCCUCUGGGAAGGCACGCCCAGGUCCUGGGCCAGAAGGUGAAGGGACGAGCCUUCAGGUGGUCACAGCUUGGGGCCCCGAUCUGUUGGGUACAAGGACCGUUGCUGGGCACGUGCCCUGUCAGUGGGCUCUGGGCCGGGGGCUGUGCGUGCGGCGGGAGGAAAGCCGGCCUUGCUGUUGGGCGCUAACCCAUCCGCAGAGACACAUAAAUGCAGCACGCUGGGGCGUGGGAGUAGGUAGGAGCGUGUACCUGAGGGAGUCUGGGUCGGAGGUGGGUGAGUGGAGGUGCUCGCUGCCUGGACGGAUGCCUGUGGAGGGCGCACCCGUCAGGGAGGCCUCGGUUCAAGCAGGGGUAACCCUGCGCCAGUGUGGGGCCGGUGGGAGAGCAGGUUGUGCAGUGAGUCACUGCUGGGGCAGAAGGGAGGGAGGAACAGCGGGAGGGGGUAAGGUCAGGGCCAAAUCCAACAGACCCUCGCAGGCCAGGCAAGAAACUCAGACCUGCUUCCGGAAGGCAGUGGGGAGGGGAGCAUUUUAAACCUCAUCUCAGGGCGCCUGGGUGGCUCAGUCCGUUAAGUGUCUGCCUUCAGCUCAGGUCGAGAUCCCGGAGUCCUGGGAUUGAGUUCUG